UAAACUUGCGAAGAAUUACUUAAUGGCAAACCAAAUGCCAAAAUGUAUCUAUUUCUUAGCCAUUUUUGUUUUAGUUGUUAAAGUGCAAUUAAUAGAAGGAGCAGAUAUUUCUUGCACAAAAAUGAUUGGAAAAUGUUCAGAUGAAGAAGAUUGUGCUUCGCAGUGUAAUAACUAUGUAAGAGGUGUUCGUGUAUUAGGAUGGUCAUGCUCUUUCUUCGAGAUAUGCACUUGUACUUUUGAUCGACCUAUAGUCACAAAACAACCUACCUGCGAAGUUGGGAUGGGACUAUGUGGUCAUGACUGUGAUAAUGGUUGUUGCAACCUUAAGUGUUUUGCUAAAUAUCCUGAUACAGGCGUUGGCCAUUGUGUUCAGGCAGUUAAUAAGAAUCUUUGCAUAUGUUACUAUAACCGUUGACCUUAUUCUUAAUUGAAAUAAAGUGAUGGUUAUACUAAUCACUAUUUUAGUAAAAAUUAAUAUAUUACAACAAA